AUGGUGAAGGAGGAGGAAGAGGACUUGGUGGAAGAGGAUGAUGGAGAUGAGGGGCAAGAGAAACUUAGUCUGAAAACCAGAUCAGUGUGUUCACGAUCAUCAAGACGGUCAAGCAAGUCUGCAGCAAGUAUAGCCGCAUUGGAGGCUCGUGCUAAGGCAGAAGCAGCACUGACUAGAGCCACAUAUGCGCAGAAGGAGAUAGAAGUGAGAGUGAAACAAGCUGAAGUACAAGCCCAGCUUAAAGUGGAGGAGACGCGUUUGGAGGCUACACUUAAUGCUCUCCAGCAUGAAAGAGAAGCAGAAGCUGCUGCAGCUGAAGCGUCAGUGUUUGAGGCAGCUGCAGAGAUAGGAUUAGAACAGUUCUCUGAAAGCAAAGAACAUCAUAGUUCACAUGAUUCAUUGCAAAGAACUGAGAAAUAUGUAGAAGAUCAGCAUAAAUUUAAAGAGGUACAGAUAACGAUGGCUGCAGAAACCACAGAAAGCAAGCCUCUCGCUCCAUACUGUGCUGAACUGCCAAAGCCUGAACCUUUCGUGCAGUGUAGUCCUUUUCAGGAAUUGCCAGAGAAACAACCUCCAGCUCAUGACCAUGCACAUACCGCAACAUCCCUCAGCUCCCACACCAUGAAGACUCAUUCUGAAUCCAUUAAACAUGCAGGUGGGAACACAUCACAGUUAAAUUCUGCAUUACAUGAUGCAUCAUCUCCUAGACGCAACAUUAAAUUGGGAAGCUGCUCACCCUCUCAUCACAACGAGUCCCAUACUGCUCCCUCGGAUGUGUUUGAGCUUGCAAAGUUUCUGGCUCGCCGUGAUCUUCUGACAGGUGGACUUUCAAGAUUCAAUGAUAAGCCCGAGAACUAUUGGGCCUGGAAGUCCAGCUUUUGUAAUGCUAUUGAGGGUCUUGGUCUUAAACCUAGCGAAGAACUAGACUUACUUAUUCAAUGGCUCGGCUCAGACUCUAGUGAACAAGCAAGACGCAUCCGAUCAGUACACAUCAAUCAUCCAGACAUUGGCCUCAGAAUGGUAUGGACACGGCUUGAGGAAUGCUAUGGCUCUGCCGAAGCCAUAGAGGCAGCUCUUUUUAACAAACUUGAACGUUUCCCAAAGCUGUCUAACAAAGACCCUCAACGUCUCAGAGAGCUAGGAGACCUUCUGCUUGAGUUGCAGGCAGCCAAAAGUGAAGGCUAUCUACCUGGCAUGACCUUCCUAGAUACUGCACGAGGCAUCAGCUCAAUUCUUGAGAAACUCCCAUAUAGUCUACAAGAGAAAUGGAUGUUGCAGGGAACUCGUUACAAACAAGAGUAUAGAGUAAGCUUUCCGCCCUUUUCAUUUUUUUGUGAUUUCAUUUGUUGUGAGGCCCGCAUGAGAAAUGAUCACAGCUUUAACGUGACUAUGCAUAAUGCUACAUCAUUUAAAGGAGAGAGAUUUUCAUCAAAGGCAAUCAGAUCUCCCGUCACCGUUCACAAAACAGAAAUAAACAAAGUCACACAAGGGGAUGAAUCUAACAUGGCAAAGGACAACCUCAAUAAACAAUGUCCUAUCCAUAAAAAGCCACAUCCCCUCAGAAAGUGUAGAGGAUUCAGGGAAAAAACCUUGCAGGAACGAAAGGCUUACCUCAAAGAGAACUCUAUAUGCUUUAGAUGCUGCUCCUCAACUUUACACCAGGCAAAGGACUGUAAGUCAGUAAUCCAGUGCUCUGAAUGCAACAGCGACAAGCAUAUAGCCGCACUGCACAACGGCCCAGCUCCUUGGUCAAAAAAGGAAGAUACCAAUCCCUCUACAAACAAUGGCGGGGAGCAAGACGAGCCUCUUUUCCCAGUUGCCACAUCCACCUGCACAGAAGUGUGUGGAGAUCACAGCAGCGGAAAAUCCUGCUCAAAGAUAUGCCUUGUAAAUGUGUAUCCAAAAGGUGAACCUCAGAACAAACAAAAGGUUUAUGCAAUCAUAGAUGAUCAGAGUAAUAAAUCUCUAGCAAGAUCUGCCUUCUUUGAAAUGUUUAAUGUUGCAGACAAUACAGCACCUUACACACUUAGGACCUGUGCAGGCAUCACAGAGGCUGAAGGGCGUAGAGCUGAAGGAUUUAUGAGCAGAGAUUCCUACCCCAGAGUCUGCAAAAAACACUUAAAAUCAGUGGCCUCCAAGAUUCCAUGUUUAGAUCCCAAUGCCAAAAUACUGCUUCUUCUCGGAAGAGACCUCAUACAGGCACACAAGGUGCUGGAGCAAUGCAACGGACCACAACAUGCCCCCUUCGCUCAGAGGUUGGCCCUUGGUUGGGUGAUAAUUGGAGAUGUAUGCCUUAACGGAGCACACAAGCCUUCAUCUGUUGAUGUUUUGAAAACUCAUAUUUUAGGAAAUGGGCGCCCCAGCUACAUGAGUCCAUGUCCAAACAGUAUGCAUGUAAAGGACUUUUUCAAUAUUCACAAUGAGCCACAGAAAUCCUCCACCCUGAACCCUGAACAGAGAAGUUUGCUGAUGCAUAAUGAAUGUCCAAUAGGAGAAUCAGUUUUCCGCUGCACAAAGAAUGUUGAUAAACCAGCUCCCUCCAUGGAUGACCUUGCGUUCCUGAAGAUUAUGGAAAGAGAACUCCAUCAAGAUGAGACGAAUAGCUGGGUUGCCCCACUUCCGUUCCGCAGCCCACGGCAACGCCUUCCAAAUAACAAGGUUCAAGCCAACAACCGGCUCAUGUUACUGACCCGCAAACUAAAAAAACAACCCGUGGUAAAGGAACACUUUGUGGAUUUUAUGCAUAAGAUAUUUGAGAAUGAACAUGCAGAGUUGGCACCACAAUUGCAGAAUAAUGAAGAAUGUUGGUAUCUGCCAAUGUUCGGAGUAUACCAUCCAAAGAAGCCCGGCCAGAUAAGAGUAGUAUUUGACUCCAGUGCUCAACAUCAAGGUGUAUCAUUAAAUGAUGUCCUCCUCACUGGCCCUAAUGUAAACAAUAGCCUCUUGGGGGUUCUACUGCGGUUUAGGAAGGAGCGUGUGGCAGUGAUGGCUGAUAUCCAGCAAAUGUUUCAUUCCUUUGUGGUUGCGAAAGAGCAUCGGAACUUUCUACGCUUCCUUUGGUAUGACAACAAUGACUUAGACAACAAGGUGAUGGAGUAUCAGAUGCGAGUGCAUGUAUUUGGUAAUAGCCCAUCUCCUGCAGUUGCCAUACAUGGGCUCAGGAUGGCAGCCCUCGCAGGUGAAAAAGACUAUGGAUCCGAGGCAAGGCACUUUGUGGAAAGGAAUUUUUAUGUGGAUGAUGGCCUUAUCUCUCUCUCCACGGAAGAGGAAGCCAUCAAGCUGCUUAAGACCACCCAGGAAAUGUUAGCUGUGUCAAUUCUACAUCUUCACAAGAUUGCCUCCAAUAAAGUGGAAGUUAUGAAAGCAUUUCCUGCAGAAGAUCUUGCAAAGGAGUUAAGGAAUUUAGAUCUGAAGACUGGCCUUCCACCAGUUCAGAGAAGUUUGGGGGUGAGCUGGGACAUGUCUGAAGAUGUGUUUAUCUUCCAAGUUGCAGACCAGGUGAGACCUUAUUCCAGACGCGGGGUUCUGUCAAUGAUCAACAGCUUGUUUGACCCACUUGGCUUUGCUGCACCUGUCAUAAUUCAGGGGAGACUCCUGCUCAGAGCACUAACCACAGAGUCUUGUGAUUGGGACGCACCUCUGCCAGACGAGAAAUUUAAAGAAUGGAAGGUUUGGAGAGAUUCAUUAAAAGAGCUUGAGCACGUCAAGGUUCCCCGCACAUAUGCUACAAUCUCUCUCUGUCAAGCACAAAGAAAAGAGAUGUGUGUCUUUUGUGAUGCGUCCACAAAUGCUAUUGCAGCUGUCGCUUACAGCAGGGUUAUCAAUACAAGUGGUAAUGUAGAAGUUGGUUUUAUGUUUGGCAAGGCUAAACUAGCUCCACGACCUGAGAUCUCUGUCCCCAGACUCGAGCUGUGCGCAGCUGUUCUGGCUGUGGAAAUAGCUGAAACCAUUGAAGAUGAGAUUGACACCAAACUGGAUGCUGUGACAUUUUAUUCUGACAGUAAGGUUGUCUUAGGCUACAUCUGUAAUGAAUCAAGGAAAUUUUAUGUGUAUGUUAACAACAGGGUGCAAAGGAUACGGAAAUCUACAUGCCCUGACCAGUGGAAAUAUGUACCUACAGAUCAAAACCCUGCCGACCAAGCCACUAGGUCAGUUUUGGCAGCUGACCUUCCCCAGAGUAUGUGGUUGACUGGUCCAAAAUUCUUGUUUAUGAUGACACCGCCUGAAACGGACACUAGCCUCUUCAGCCUGAUAGAUCCAGAAGUAGACAUUGAAGUACGUCCCCAAGUCACUUCUUGUGCUACACAUACUUCAAGUAAGGAGUUGGACACUGAACGCUUUAAAAGAUUCUCAAGCUGGCGAUCACUAACUCGCGCUGUAGCAAGACUCGUGCACAUAACCCAAUCCUUCAAGCAGGAUAGCGACAUGAGCACUUGCAGGGGCUGGCAUAUAUGUGCAAGGCCCUGUUCAGUCCAAAAUCUAGAAAGGGCAAAGUCCAUUCUUAUCCAAAGUGUACAAGCAGAAGCCUUCUCUGAGGAGCUGAAAUGCCUUCAAGCAAGCACUGUGAUUUCCAAACAAAGCCCUCUCUUUAAUCUAUCUCCCUACAUUGAUAAAUCUGGCUUACUCAGGGUUGGUGGACGCCUUUCACAAGCAAACCUUGGGAGAGACGAACUGUGUCCUCUUAUUCUUCCUGGUCAUUGUCACAUGACAUCUCUAAUCAUUCAACAUUAUCACAAACAAGUUGAACAUCAAGGACGCGUCUUUACUGAAGGCGCAUUGAGAGAGGCUGGGUUUUGGAUCAUAGGUGGUAAGAGACGCAUCAGCAGCACGAUCUUUCAAUGUUUUCAGUGUCGCAAACUACGGGGAAAGAUUUCGACACAGAAGAUGUCUGACCUACCUCCUGAGCGGCUCAGUAUGGACCCUCCAUUCUCCUUUGUAGGGUUAGAUGUUUUCGGGCCUUGGAUGGUCACUUCACGUCGAACCAGAGGAGGACAAGCAAACUCAAAACGCUGGGCAGUGCUGUUCACAUGUAUGAGCACUAGGGCCAUACAUAUUGAGGUCAUAGAGUCAAUGGAUAGCUCCAGCUUUAUAAAUGCUCUCCGCAGAUUUUCUGCGGUUCGAGGUCCAGCAAAGCAGUUGCGGUCAGACUGUGGCACCAACUUUGUUGGAGCAUGUAAGGAGUUGAAGAUGGAAUCAGUCACAGAUGACAGAAAGGUACAAGAGUAUCUGAGUGAUAAUGGAUGUACUUGGGUUUUUAACCCUCCCCACUCAUCUCACAUGGGUGGAAGUUGGGAACGUAUGAUUGGAGUUUCAAGGCGGAUCCUUGAAUCUAUGCUACAAAAACUUGCACCUUCAAGGCUAUCUCAUGAGGUUUUGACCACCUUCAUGGCUGAAGUCACAGCCAUAGUCAAUGCUCGUCCCCUAGUACCUGUGUCUACGGAUCCUGAUGCUCCUUUCAUUCUGACUCCAGCAACUUUACUCACUCAAAAAACUUCUGUAGUUCCUCCUCCACCAGGAGAAUUUGGUGAAAGGGACCUCUUCAUUCGUCAGUGGAGGCAAGUCCAAAGCUUGGCCAAUACAUUCUGGAAUCGCUGGAGAAAGGAAUAUCUCGCAACUUUGCAAAACCGCAGAAAAUGGCAGAAUGAGAGCUCCAAUCUUCAAGUAGGUGAUGUUGUGCUACUGAAAAACAUCCAAGCAAAAAGAAAUGACUGGCCAAUGGGAAUCGUGUUGGAGACAUUUCCUGGGAAAGAUGGGAAAGUAAGGAAAGUUGACGUCAAAGUGGUCAAAGACGGAUCGUCUAAGGUGUUCCUACGUCCUAUAUCGGAUGUUGUUUUACUGCUGUCUCCUGGGACUGAAUAGACAAAUGUUAUUCUGCUUGAUGAUGGCAUCUUACAGAUACCAGACGGGGAGUGUACUGUUUCCAGUGUAGUUUAGUUUAGUUAAAUGUUUGAGCCACUAGGUGGUGCUAUUCUAUAUAUUUAAAGUAACCUCUGACCUUAAUAGGAGCCAUUUUUGUUUUGCUCAGUUGAAGCUGAUAGUCACACGGUUAAAGCAGCUAUUUUCAAUCCUUUGCAUCCCUUGCAAUCAUUUAAAGAAGCUUUGUCUGUAAGUAGUAAAAGUGUUUACAAGAUCUUUAUCAUCAUCUUAUAUUUGGUAUUGGUGAUGUUAUUCAGUAUAAAAUUCAUGUUUAGAGGGAUUUCAGUACAGUGUUACAUGCGUCUGCAUUAUUUUGUGUAAAGUAUAUGUAGUUAUCCCUUAAGUGAACGGUCAUAUUGCUUUAAUCCACAUUCUUUAGAAACUUAUUUUAUUAUUUUUUCUGUAUUUCAGUUUUACUCUGUUCCACUUAUAUUUGAAGUGGUGGUCAUAAUAAAUCCAUGCUUCGAUUCAACAUAUCUGUGGAAGGAGUUGUCUAUCUGUCUAGUUAAGAAGGGGAACUCU